CUGCCUCGAUGCCCCUAGCUGCCCCGAUGCCCCUAGCUGCCCCGAUGCCCCUAGCUGCCCCGAUGCCCCUAGCUGCCCCGAUGCCCCUAGCUGCCCCGAUGCCCCUAGCUGCCCCGAUGCCCCUAGCUGCUCCGAUGCCCCUAGCUGCCCAGAUGCCCCUAGCUGCCCCGAUGCCCCUAGCUGCCCCGAUGCCCCUAGCUGCUCCUAUGCCCCUAGCUGCCCCGAUGCCCCUAGCUGCUCCUAUGCCCCUAGCUACCCCUAUGCCCCUAGCUUCCCCUAUGCCCCUAGCUGCCCCGAUGCCCCUAGCUGCCCCUAUGCCCCUAGCUGCCCCGAUGCCCCUAGCUUCCCCUAUGCCCCUAGCUACCCCGAUGCCCCUAGCUACCCCGAUGCCCCUAGCUACCCCGAUGCCCCUAGCUGCCCCUAUGCCCCUAGCUGCCCCGAUGCCCCUAGCUACCCCGAUGCCCCUAGCUACCCCGAUGCCCCUAGCUGCCCCUAUGCCCCUAGCUGCCCCGAGGCCCCUAGCUUCCCCUAUGUCCCUAGCUACCCCGAUGCCCCUAGCUGCCCCUAUGCCCCUAGCUGCCCCGAUGCCCCUAGCUGCCCCGAUGCCCCUAGCUGCUCCUAUGCCCCUAGCUGCCCCGAUGCCCCUAGCUGCCCCGAUGCCCCUAGCUGCCCCUAUGCCCCUAGCUGCCCCUAUGCCCCUAGCUGCCCCGAUGCCCCUAGCUGCCCCGAUGCCCCUAGCUGCCCCGAGGCCCCUAGCUUCCCCUAUGCCCCUAGCUGCCCCUAUGCCCCUAGCUGCCCCUAUGCCCCUAGCUGCCCCGAUGUCCCUAGCUGCCCCGAUGCCCCUAGCUGCCCCGAUGCCCCUAGCUUCCCCGAUGCCCCUAGCUGCCCCGAUGUCCCUAGCUGCCCCGAUGCCCCUAGCUGCCCCGAUGUCCCUAGCUGCCCCGAUGCCCCUAGCUGCCCCGAUGCCCCUAGCUGCCCCGAUGCCCCUAGCUGCCCCUAUGCCCCUAGCUGCCCCUAUGUCCCUAGCUGCCCCGAUGCCCCUAGCUGCCCCGAUGCCCCUAGCUUCCCCGAUGCCCCUAGCUUCCCCGAUGCCCCUAGCUGCCCCUAUGCCCCUAGCUGCCCCGAUGCCCCUAGCUUCCCCGAUGCCCCUAGCUGCCCCGAGGCCCCUAGCUGCCCCUAUGCCCCUAGCUGCCCCGAUGCCCCUAGCUGCCCCGAUGCCCCUAGCUGCCCCUAUGCCCCUAGCUGCCCCGAUGCCCCUAGCUGCCCCUAUGCCCCUAGCUGCCCCUAUGCCCCUAGCUGCCCCUAUGCCCCUAGCUGCCCCUAUGCCCCUAGCUGCCCCUAUGCCCCUAGCUGCCCCGAUGCCCCUAGCUGCCCCUAUGCCCCUAGCUGCCCCUAUGCCCCUAGCUGCCCCGAUGCCCCUAGCUACCCCUAUGCCCUAGCUGCCCCGAUGCCCCUAGCUGCCCCUAUGCCCCUAGCUGCCCCUAUGCCCCUAGCUGCCCCUAUGCCCCUAGCUGCCCCUAUGCCCCUAGCUGCCCCUAUGCCCCUAGCUGCCCCUAUGCCCCUAGCUGCCCCUAUGCCCCUAGCUGCCCCGAUGCCCCUAGCUGCCCCUAUGCCCCUAGCUGCCCCGAUGCCCCUAGCUGCCCCGAUGCCCUAG